UUUUACAUUUUAACAACUCAACUCGCACACGGUCCGCACAGCUUUCAGGCUCGCACUUGCCAUCUCUUUCGGGCCUGAACCCCAAUUUUCGCGGAUAUUACGCUACCCGAGCCCACCGUCUGUGCACAUCGAUUUUGCGUCAAGUGCACGACAUGCGAGUGGCCACCUGAGUGCCGACUCGAGUGUCCCAGACGAAGAAAGCGGCGAACGAGAACUUCCCGACUGCUUCUUUCACUCGACCAGGGCGCGCCUAGAGGAUGGCGGAAGCCCACUCGGCUGUUGCCUUUUCGUUCGCUGUGACCCACGAGGGUCUGGACGUCAACUUCGACCGCGAGGUUCUUCACCUGGUUUGGCAGUCCGGCGUCCGAUCAUGGAAGAAGAGAAUCGCCAGGUUCAAGAACAAUGUCCACUGCGGCGUGUAUCCUGCCUCCCUGUCGAGUUUAUGGGCAACCAUUGGCGCCCUGGCGGGCGUUCACUUCAGUGGAAAGGUCGCGGUGCCCUACGACAUAGUCGAACGUGUUGUUGAACUGCUGCCAGGGAGGACAAAUGCUUGGCAGGUGGUGGCCUGCACCGUGACCGGACUCGGUGUGUGGCUCACGUGCACCUACACCCUGAGAUACACUCUUAAAAUGCUCUUCAUGUACCAGGGCUGGAUGUACGAAAGCCGUGGCGCAGGCAGCAAGGUUUCCAAGGCCACUCUCCUUUGGCUAGGAUCGGUCAAGCUGCUCACCAUGGGCAGACAGCCCAUGCUCUACAGUUAUCAGGGCUCGCUGCCCCGACUGCCUCUGCCCUCUGUCAAGGACACAAUGGACAGGUACCUGCUGAGCGUGCGUCCCCUUCUGGACGACAAGCAAUUCGAAAGGAUGGAGGGUCUGGCUGAAGAGUUCCAGCGCGGCAUCUCCAAGAAGCUGCAGCGCUACCUGGUGCUCAAGUCGUGGUGGUCGAGCAACUACGUCAGCGAUUGGUGGGAAGAGUUUGUGUACCUCCGCGGAAGGUCCGCCUUGAUGGUCAACUCAAACUUCUACGGCAUCGACGCGAUCUUGCUGCACCCCACCACCAACCAGGCCGCCAGGGCAGCGGUCAUCAUCCACUCGUGCCUGCUCUUCCGCAGGCUCAUCGAGCGACAGGAGCUGGAGCCCAUUUUGGUUCAGAAUCUGGUGCCGCUUUGCUCAUGGCAGUACGAGAGGGUGUUUAACACGACUCGUCUGCCCGGAAUCGAGACUGACAGAAUUUCCCACUUGAGUGACUCAACCCACAUUGCCGUCUUCAAUAAGGGACGCUACUACAGGGUGCCCAUCUACUGGAAGGGCAGGAUUCUCAAGCCUUGUGAAAUUGAAAUCCAAAUGCAAAGAAUUUUGGAUGACCAGAGUGAGCCAGCCAAGGGCGAACUGCACCUGGCCUCCCUGACCGCAGGCCAGCGUAAGAACUGGGCCCUGGCGCGCCACAACUUCUUUGGCAAGGGCAUCAACCGCACCUCCUUGGACGCCAUCGAGAGAGCAGCCUUUGUCGUCUGCCUUGACGACGUCGAGUACAACUUUGAUCCGAAUGAUCCCAAUAAAUUGGACCAGUACGGCCGCACUCUGCUCCACGGAAAGGGCUAUGACCGCUGGUUCGACAAAUCUUUCACGCUCUGCAUCGGCACAAACGGCAGGGUCGGGUUCAACUCGGAGCACUCGUGGGCCGACGCAGCCGUAAUGUCGCACUUGUGGGAGUUUGUGCUCAGCGAAGAUGUCGAAACCAAUUGGUACAAAGAGGACGGCCACACGAUCGGCACUCCCGAAUUCGAGCCUCCCACGCCGACGCGACUGCAGUGGGACAUGCCGCCGGCCGCUCUCAAGGAGAUCGAGGCUGCCUUCGUCGCCUCCCAGGACCUGCUGAGCGACGUCGACCUCAGGAUCUACGUGCACGAUCACUACGGAAAGGGCUUCAUGAAGAAGUGCAGAGUCAGCCCUGACGCCUUCAUCCAGAUGGCCUUGCAGCUCGCUUACUACAGGGAUGCCGGCAAAUUCAGCUUGACAUACGAGGCUUCGAUGACUCGUCUGUACCGAGAGGGCAGAACUGAAACCGUCCGUCCUUGCACCAUCGAGAGCUCCGCUUGGGUCAAGUCGAUGGUCGAGAACAAGCUGCCGCGCGAGGAGAAAAUCAAACUGCUGCUGACCGCCUGCCAGAGACACCAGAGGGGCUACCAGGAUGCCAUGUGCGGCAAGGGCAUCGACAGGCAUCUUUUCUGUCUCUACGUCGUGUCCAAAUACCUCGAAGUGGACUCUCCCUUCUUGAAGGAAGUAUUGUCCGAGCCGUGGAGACUAUCUACCUCACAGACGCCGCACGGCCAGACCGCUAGACUGGACCUGAAGAAACACCCGAAAUGCAUCAGUGCCGGAGGAGGUUUUGGUCCCGUCGCUGACGACGGCUACGGAGUGUCCUACAUCAUCGCUGGAGAAGAUCUCAUCUUCUUCCACAUUUCAAGCAAAAAGAGCUCUCACGAAACCGAAUCGAACCGAUUUGCGAAGCAGAUUGAGCGCUCCUUGGCCGACAUCAGGGACCUGUUCGAGAAGAAGUAAAGGUUUUACAUCACAGCGUGGAGCAUGAAUGACCAUCACUUUUAAUGCUUUCAUAUCUGAAUUCAUAGAAUUCGUUUGAAAAGUCUGUUUAUCUUUUGGAUGCCUGCUUUUUGGCGUUGCAGUAAUAAACCGAUUUUUUUUUCUUUCGAUGAUAGGAUUUUGUUUUUAGAUGUUGUAUUGCAGACAUUAUAACUGUGUAUUCUUAAGUAUAUAUUAUAGUUUAACCCAGGUCAUAUUUAGAUGCGUCUCAUGUUUUAUUAAUUCACUUGAAUCAUUUUUGCAAUGGAUGCUGAAGGAGCACGACAAAAAGAAGAUAUAAUAUAUUGAGCCUCUAGCAUUGUUACUCAUAUUUAAUUAAAUCUGUUGAAAAAAUUGAGUAAA